CUCUCUCCAUCCAUUUUUUUCUGAUUUAAAUCGCCACGUACAGUCUGUGUACACACAUUGGCGACGGGUAUACACUCGCGACAAUACAACGACGACACGGCGACUCAAUGACGACGAGGACGAGGAGGAGAAGGAGGACGACGACAAAAAGCAAAACAGGGGGAAAAGGCGCGCGCACUGGUGCCGAAUUCCGGAAACGAUUCCGCCUCUCCGCGGGGCAGGAUCGAGUUAACGAGAGACAUCACCGAGUGUUCCGGCCGCGAACGUCGGGAGAGAGCCGGGACGGGAUCGGCGCGCGGCCGUUUUUAUCGCCGCGGCUUGAGAGGCGCGCAGUGCUCGAACGGGCACGCUCGAAUCGAUUUUCCCGGUGGUUCUGCCGUCGAGCGUCGAGCGAGCUUACGCCAACGUACGUGUACGUGUGCGCAUUUUCUCGACUAGUCGCUGCUCGCCGAGUGGACGCCCGUUAAUUCCUCGCCACCGAUACCGGGAUCCCGAGCCCUGGACCGAGAAGCUUGGGAAUUAACGAGCGGAAGAGUAUCGGAGCGUGGGGAAGACGAGAACGAGGCGAGAAGGCAGAGAGGGUGAGUGAGAGACGAGAGGGUGGUGGUGAAUCGACGGAGCAGUCGAAGACGGGGCGAGGAUGACGGGCGAGGACGGGAAGUGCGGCGGCGCCGGCGGCGGCGGCGGCGGCGGUACCGGGACGAACGUGAACGUCAGCGACAACGCCAACAACGUGAACGUCAGCCAGCAGAACGGCGGCCCGGAAAAGGCGCCCGUCGUCGGCGGCACCAACGUGGAGACGCUGCCACGCGCCGGCAAGCAGAGCGAUCCCAGCACUGCGUUUCUACGGGCAGCUCGCGCUGGGCAGCUCGAGAAGGUCUUGGAGUACUUGGAGUCCGGAGUGGAUAUCAACGCUUCUAACGCAAAUGGCUUGAACGCUUUGCACCUGGCAGCUAAAGACGGCCACUUGGAGAUCGUGAGGGAGCUCCUAAAUCGCGGUGCGAUCGUAGACGCCGCUACUAAAAAGGGAAACACGGCGUUGCACAUAGCUUCUCUUGCUGGACAAGAGGAGGUUGUGCAAUUGUUGGUGCAACGAGGUGCCUCCGUGAAUGCACAAUCGCAAAAUGGCUUUACGCCGCUCUACAUGGCUGCCCAGGAAAAUCACGACUCUGUGGUCAAGUACCUCCUCAGCAAGGGUGCGAAUCAGACAUUGGCCACCGAGGACGGUUUCACUCCGUUGGCGGUGGCUAUGCAACAGGGUCACGACAAGGUAGUAGCCGUUCUGCUAGAAAACGACACUCGUGGUAAAGUUCGACUGCCAGCCCUACACAUCGCCGCGAAGAAAGACGACUGCAAGGCGGCCGCCCUACUUUUGCAAAACGACCAUAAUCCCGAUGUAACAUCGAAGAGCGGUUUCACGCCGCUUCACAUAGCGGCGCAUUAUGGCAACGACCGAAUCGCCUCCUUGCUUUACGACAGAGGCGCGGAUGUUAAUUUCGCGGCGAAGCACAAUAUCACACCGAUGCACGUGGCGGCGAAAUGGGGCAAAAUCAAAAUGGUGAAUCUCCUGAUGAGCAAGGGGGCGAACAUCGAAGCGAAAACGAGAGACGGUCUGACUCCUUUGCACUGCGCUGCCAGAUCCGGCCAUCACGAGGUAGUUGACAUACUCAUCGAGAAGGGGGCACCGAUCGGCUCGAAAACGAAGAAUGGUCUUGCGCCGUUGCACAUGGCUUCUCAAGGGGAUCACGUGGACGCCGCGAGGAUCUUGCUGUAUCACCGAGCUCCCGUGGACGAAGUGACGGUGGACUACCUGACCGCGUUGCAUGUCGCUGCGCACUGCGGCCAUGUGCGAGUGGCCAAACUGCUUCUGGACAGGAACGCCGAUCCCAACGCGCGGGCGCUCAAUGGAUUCACUCCCCUUCACAUCGCGUGCAAGAAGAAUAGAAUAAAGGUGGUGGAACUGCUUCUCAAGCACAAAGCUAGCAUCGAAGCUACGACUGAGUCUGGACUAACCCCAUUGCACGUAGCGAGUUUCAUGGGGUGCAUGAAUAUCGUGAUUUACUUGCUGCAACACGAGGCCAGCCCCGACAUACCGACAGUGAGAGGCGAAACGCCAUUACACUUAGCUGCCAGAGCGAACCAAACCGAUAUUAUUAGGAUACUUCUUAGGAACGGUGCCCAGGUCGACGCUCGAGCAAGAGAGGAACAGACACCGCUUCAUGUCGCUUCCCGCUUGGGUAACGUCGAUAUCGUGAUGUUACUGCUGCAACACGGUGCAGGAGUAGAUGCCACAACGAAAGAUUUAUACACUCCGCUUCAUAUCGCUGCUAAGGAGGGCCAGGAGGAGGUUGCAUCCGUAUUACUAGAAAACAGCGCAUCGCUUACCGCAACGACCAAGAAAGGAUUCACCCCCUUGCAUUUAGCGGCCAAGUACGGCAACAUGAACGUAGCGCGAUUAUUGUUACAGAAGAACGCACCCGUUGACGCUCAAGGAAAGAACGGGGUGACGCCUCUUCACGUAGCGUCCCACUACGACCAUCAGAACGUGGCUUUGCUUUUGCUCGACAAAGGAGCCUCACCUCAUGCCAUGGCUAAGAACGGACAUACACCUUUGCAUAUUGCCGCACGCAAGAAUCAGAUGGACAUCGCAACUACUUUGUUAGAGUACGGAGCAAAGGCCAAUGCGGAAUCGAAGGCGGGUUUCACGCCGUUACAUUUGAGUGCACAAGAAGGCCACACUGAUAUGUCGACUCUUCUUAUCGAGCACAAGGCGGACACAAAUCACAAAGCGAAGAAUGGCCUUACGCCUUUGCAUCUAUGCGCACAAGAAGACAAAGUGAACGUCGCAUCCAUUCUCGUGAAGAAUGGCGCCCAGAUCGACGCCAAGACCAAGGCCGGAUACACACCGUUGCACGUGGCGUCACACUUCGGCCAAGCAGCCAUGGUACGAUUCCUCCUGAGAUCCGGUGCAGCCGUUGACAGCAGCACCAAUGCCGGCUACACUCCCCUGCAUCAGGCCGCGCAGCAAGGACACACCCUGGUCAUUAAUCUGCUCUUGGAGAGUAAAGCUAAACCGAACGCCGUGACCAACAACGGGCAGACCGCUUUGGACAUCGCACAAAAACUCGGCUACAUCAGCGUCAUAGAAACGCUCAAGGUCGUCACGGAGACCAUCAUCACGACCACUCACACCGUCACCAUCGAGGAGAAGUAUCGAGUUCAAGCGCCCGAGUCUAUGCAGGAGACAUUCAUGAGCGACAGCGAGGACGAAGGGGGUGGUGAUGAAAUCGGCACCGCAGCCAUGAAUGUGUACGGGCAGCCUCCGCACGCGCAACACGUGUACCUUCCUUCUUACUACCAGGGCCAAAUGACCUAUACCCGUGAGGAUCCGAUGCUCAGCGACCAACAGCAGUAUCGAUACAUGACUGUUGACGACAUGAAAUCCAUGGGGGAUGACUCGAUGCGUGUGAACGUGACGGACGACGAGAGAGAUAAUCGACAUUCCGGAGCGCCGACCAUAACGGAGAUGAUCACGAAGGAGAAUUAUCAGCGUACGAACGCGGCCAAUCUCAAGCCGGACAAUGUGGACAUCAACAGGCACCCAGUGCACGUCGGCGCGUCCCUAGAGUCCCUAUGCACUUCGCUGGCAGCCCUCAGUACCGCGCCGAAGGGACAAGGAAUGUGGAGGGACAGCUUCCUGGUUUCCUUUCUGGUGGACGCGAGAGGCGGUGCAAUGCGCGGAUGCAGGCACAGCGGCGUCCGCGUGAUUGUUCCGCCGCGCAAAGCUGCGAUGCCCAUGCGGGUCACAUGCCGGUACUUGAGGAGGGACAAAUUAACGAAUCCACCACCCUUGAUGGAAGGGGAGGCGUUGGCCAGCCGCAUCCUCGAACUGGGGCCAGUGGGUGCAAAAUUCUUAGGCCCUGUUAUCAUCGAGGUACCACACUUCGCGUCGCUGCGUGGAAAAGAGCGGGAGAUAGUGAUUCUCCGAUCAGACAACGGGGAGACCUGGCGCGAACACACCUUGGAAGCCAGCGAGGAGGCUGUCCAGGAUGUGCUUAACGAGAGCUUUGAGGGAGAAGAGCUAAGCCAGCUGGAAGAUCUCCAGACGUCUCGCAUCGUUAGGAUACUCACCGUAGAUUUCCCACAUUACUUCGCGGUAGUAUCUCGCAUCAGACAAGAGGUACAUGCGGUUGGUCCCGAAGGCGGCACCGUAUCGUCGUCCGCCGUGCCACAAGUACAAGCUGUCUUCCCGCAAGCGGCCCUUACCAAGAAGAUCAGAGUCGGUCUGCAGGCACACCCGAUACCCGCGGAUCUCGUGGCUAAAUUACUCGGGAACCGAGUGGCAGUGUCGCCGAUCGUUACCGUCGAGCCGAGACGAAGAAAGUUCCACAAGCCGAUAACCUUAACCAUCCCGGUGCCGCAAGCGGCCAAUAAAGGCAUGAUCAACCAGUACUCCGGAGACGCGCCGACCCUGAGGCUCCUGUGCAGCAUAACUGGUCGUUCAGGGGGUCAGACUCGGGCAGUCUGGGAGGAUGUCACAGGUUCGACGCCGCUGACUUUUGUGAAAGAUUGCGUGUCCUUCACCACUACAGUCUCCGCCCGCUUCUGGCUGAUGGACUGCCGCAACAUCUCCGAGGCCACGAAAAUGGCCACGGAACUCUACACGCACGCGACCCAUGUGCCGUUCAUGGCCAAGUUCGUGGUGUUUGCGAAACGAGUCGAUCCGAUGGAGGCGAGAUUGCGCGUGUUCUGCAUGACGGACGACAAGGAGGACAAGACUCUGGAGCACCAGGAGCACUUCACGGAAGUCGCCAAGAGCAGGGAUGUGGAGGUUUUGGAAGGGAAGACGCAAUAUAUGGAGUUCACGGGCAAUCUCGUGCCUGUGCUGAAGACCGGCGAGCAGCUUCAACUGCCGUUCAGGGCGUUCAAGGAGAACAGAGUACCGUUCACCGCGAGGAUAAAGGACCCAGACGCCGCGGACAUGAUGGGUCGCAUCAUGUUCAUGAGCGAGCCCAAGGUGCCACGUGGUGAAUUACCACAAACACCCAUCUGUACGCUGAACAUCCUGUUGCCGGAGAAGAUCUCGCCGGAUACUGCGGUCUCCGAGCUCGACCUGCUCGAAUUGUCGAAGAACUACAGCUUCUUGCGCGACGGUGGAAUAAGCAGACCAGACGCCAUCCAUAGAGCGACUAUCCGUCUGACGGACAUCGCCAAUCUGCUGAAUACAGAUUGGGAACAGUUGGCGGAGGAGUUGAACAUACCGCCUAACGACGUGGCUCUAAUCAAGCAGGAGUACCCCGACAAACCCGCGCAGCAGGCCGCUGCAAUGUUCAAGAUCUGGCAGAACAACGGAAACAAAGCCACAGGAAACACGCUGGAGAAGGCGCUCAACAAGAUCGGUCGUGAGGAUAUCGUGAACAAGUGUAUCUUCAACGUCGAGUUGGUGACGGACGACGUGGAGAAGGCUGUCGCGCGAGUCAGAUUAGAUCAGCCCGGCUUUGACUCAUUGAAGGAGGAAUUGGGGCCGUCGCGAAACACAUCGCUCCGUCGUGAUGCAACGAUGGAUCCUAAGAUGGACCCUGAUUAUGAAGAGCCUGACAGAAUGAAGGACUCUGAAUCGGUCGAGGAUCUCAGUAUCACCGGCAGCGUACACGACAAACGAACCAAACAGCACGUCACAAUCACAAACGGCACUGUAUUCAACGGAACCUCGACCCCUAUCAAAGACAAAUACGCGAGCGACGAGAAAGAGCUCGGCGACAUGAUGGCCGAUUACCUUACGCACAAGUGUCACGUGGCCGACACGAUGAGCAAAAAGUCGCGCGACGAACUGGACGAUCCGGAGAAAAAACGGCAGAAAGUGAUCGCCGACGCCAACAAGAUAGUCUCUGGUGUAAUAGCAGACGCUGAGAAAGAGAAGGGGAAGUUAGCGAAGGAAGGGUGGUCGGUGGUAUAUGAUGAUGAUGCGCGGGACAGUAAAGAGGCGCGGGGUGCGGUAGGACAGACGUUAAUUAACGUACAUUUAGAUAGAACCGCCGCCGAGCCGGCGGGCAUAAUUCCGAAGGCGACCGACGAGCCGAAGGGUGUGGUUCCGAGGGCGGUCGCCGAGCAAGUGCCGUCUAUCGAGCCGCCGAUGGUUAGGCAGUACCGCGACGUUAAGCCGGAACCCAAGAUUAGCGCUUCGAAAACCGUAGUUUCCGUCAGCGACGAUCCGAAAGUAGGUCAGACGAAGGUGGUCACGACGAAGACUACCACGGUGAUCAAGCAAUUCGAUCAGACGCCGGCCAAGGUUAUCGCGAAAGAGAGCAGCGUGAUAGUUUCCCCCGAUAGAAAGGACGCCGUUAGCGAGAAGGAGAAACUCUCGAAGGAGGGCAAAGAGGUCGACGAGAAGUCGUCGGCUCCCGCGUCGCUCGCGCAGAAACCGGCGAAGGACGAUCAGAAGAAAUCGGACGUGAAAGCUCCUGUGGAUAAGGACAAGAAAAAGGAGAAAGAGAAGGUGGAGGCUGCACGAGUCGAGCAGAAAAAGCCGGACGCGAAAGCUCCUGCGGAUAAAGACAAGAAAAAGGAUAAGGAUAAAGAGAAAGACAAGGAGAAGGAUAAGGAUAAGGAUACCAAGCAGGUGAAAGCAUCUGCUUACGAAGACGUUUACAACGCGCAACAUCCUGCAGGCAGCGCGGAAGAGAAAACGGAGGAGGAGACGAAAAAGUCAAAGGACAGAGGCAGCGGAAUAUUCUCAGGUAUCUUCAAGGGCGGGAAACUGAAGAAGGGCAAGAAGGGCUCGAAGGAUACGUCCUUCGACAGCAGCGACGAAGAAGCAAAGACCGGCGCGAUAAAGGCUCCUGAACAGCUGGCGGAGCAGCCUGCCGACAAGAUCGCGGAUUCUCGUUUCGAUAGCGUGCUUCCGGAAAUCAUGGUCGCGCCCGACGUGAAGUCGGCCACCAUGGAGUUUCUCGAUGACUCCAGGCGAGUCGCUGCGGGCAUGCACGCGCUCUACGAAGGUCCCAGUAAAGCGGAGGACGCCGUGAAAGAAGAGACGAAGACCGAGACCGUCGAAAGCAGCGGCGAUGACGACGGCAAAGACAAAGCCGGCUUCUUCUCGAGUCUGUUCAAGAGCAAAACCAAGAAGGAUGAGACCGCCGACGGGACGGUGAUCCCCGUGAUCCACGUGGAGAAGCCGAAAGAGACUGCGGAGCAGAUCGCAAAGAAGGAGAAGAAGAAGCUGGCGGCGCUCGUGAAGGAGACCGAAGAGCAGCUGGAACAGCAGCUGCGCGAGAAGGCGAAGGACGAGACGGCCAAGGUCACCGAUGUGACCCUGCCGAGCGCGACUGUCGAGAAGCAGGUGGAGAAAGCCGUGAAGAACGGCACGAAGGCCGUCGAAGAUGCGAAGAGCAAGGUCGUCACGUCGAUCACAGACGAGCAACCGCGCGGCAAGGACGACGAAAAGGACGAGGAGGCAAAGGAGAAGAGCGGCUUCUUUGGCAUCUUCAAGAGCCCGAAAUCUCGAGAGAAGCGGCUCGGCAAGUCAAAGGAGACGUCCUUCGACAGCGGCGAUGAGGAGAUCCGGGUCGUCACGGAAAAGUUGUUGGACGACACACGGAAGAUCGCCGACGUCAGCGUCGUCCCGGUUGCGUACAAAACUGAUGGCACCAAAGUCACUCCGCAGGAAGAGGUGCGCACCUUCACCUCGGCCACGUUCUACGACGCCGACACGCCGGCCGACAAGACCGGUAAGUCCUAUGACGUGAUGCAAACGAAGACGACGAUCGAGAGGAUCGUAAUUCGCGAGGAGAUGAACGGGAAGGCAGACAUCGACAAGGAAAAGGAUCAGAAAGUAGACGCCAAAGCAGAUGCCGAGAAGGUCGUCUCGGAGGUGAAACCCGAAAGCACGGAACCGAAAGUGCCCGAGGAGGAGGCUGCCGAUGAAGUCGGCAAAGAGAAGAGCGGCGGCUUCUUCGGCAUGUUUAAGAGCCCGAAGCUGAAGAGCAAGAAGCGCAGCAGGUCCCGUGAGCAGAGUUCGUCGAAGGAGACCUCCUUCGACAGUGGGGACGAGGAGGUUCGCUUGGCGAACUUCGCGAAAGUACUGGAGGACACCAGACAGAUGGCGGACAGCAUGCAGCAACCGUCUGAAGAAAAGAUACUGGAGCAAGAGGUGUCUGCGCUCGUUAAGACCGCCCUGGAGCAAAUCAUGCAAGAGGAGCUGAAGAAGACCAGCACCUGCGAGGACGAGGCUACUGAGAAGGAGAAGGGAAGCGGCAUCUUCGGUAUAUUCCGAAGCCCCAAGCAGGCGAGAAGCUCCAGAAGCAGGUCCAAAGAGAAGACCCCGUCGCUGGAGUUACCGGACAGCGGCCAGGAGGACAUGCGAGAGGUAACGGCGAAGUUCCUGGAAGACUCGCGCAACAUGGCGCUUGCCACCGGCAAACCGACGGACGACAAAUCGACCAAGGACGCGAAAAAGUUUGAACAGCACGUUGCUGUUGCUGUAGAUGAUGUCGGGAAAGCCAUGAAGGAUGGCAAAGACGCGCUUGCCAGGAAAAUGGACGAAAAGACGUCAGACGCGGUCGACGCCGCCGAAGCAGCUAAAGACAAGACAACGAAGGAGGCGAAGAAAGCGAAGGAGAAGGGCGCGGGCUUCUUGUCGGGCAUCUUCAAGGGCACGAAACACGCCAUUGAGGACGCGACGGACGACGUAAAAGAGUUCUUGGACGAGACGAAGAAAGAAGCCGCUCUGGAGGAGGCACGAGCGAAAGAAGCGACAGCCGCUGGCGUGAAAGAAUUGGAGCAGAAGAAAGAUGCCAUGGUGACUGGCGCGAAAGAGGCCGUUGACAAGGCAGCGGCGGACGCCAAGGAUGUCAAGGACAAGACAGUAUCGACAGUGAAGGAGAAGAAGGAGAAGGCCGUGGAAAAAGUGUCGAAGGACGCGGAGAAGGCGGCGGACCUCGCGAAAGCUGCCGCUGACCAAGCGACUGCAGACGCGAAGAAAGUCAGCGAAAAAGUGGGAGCGACCGCAAAGGACGUUGCUCAAGCUAGCAAAGAUAUCAAAGAAGCAGUCACUGCGGAGGCAAAAGAGGAUGCGAAGAUCGCUAAGGAGAAGUUAUCCUCCGCCGCUGAGGCCUCUGCGGACGCCGCAGCGGCUGCGAAAGACAAAGCCGCCAAGGAGGCGAAGAAAGCGAAAGAAAAGGGCAGCGGAUUCUUCUCGGGUAUAUUCAAAGGUGCGAAACACGCCACGGAGGAUGUAACAGACGACGUGAAGGAGUUUUUGGAUGAAACGAAGAAGGAGGCUCAAAUAGAAGAAAAGCGCGCCAAAGAGAAGGCAGCAGCUGGUCUCAAGGACUUGAAGGAUAAGAAAGACGCUGCGGUAAGCGGAGCUCAAGAAGCAGCAGAGAAAGUCGCGGCUGACGUGAAAGAUGCUAAGGAUAAGACAGUAGCUGCUCUGAAGGAGAAGAAGGACAAAGUCGCGGAAGAAGUAUCGAAGGACACUCAGAAAGUCACCGAUACUACCAAAGCAGCUGGUGAGAAAGUGACGGAGGAAACGAAGAAAAUUGGUGAAAAAAUCAGCGCCACUGCUGUUGCUGUAGCAAAGGGUGCUAAGGAUACCAAGGACGCAGCAGUUAAAGAGGUGAAGGACGAUGCGAAAUUGGCGAAGGAGAAGCUAGAAGCGGGCGCAGAAGCCGUUGCGGAAAGUGCAGAGAGUGCGAAGGAUAAGGCGAGCAAGGAAGCGAAGAAAGCUAAAGAGAAGACCAGCGGAUUCUUCUCCGGGAUAUUUAAAGGCGCGAAACACGCUGUGGAAGACGCUACAGACGACGUUAAAGAGUUCUUGGAUGAAACAAAGAAGGAAGCUCAAUUAGAAGAAGAACGUACUAAAGAAAAAGCUGCGGCAGGUCUCAAAGACUUGAAGGAUAAGAAAGAGACUGUUGUAAGCGGAACUCAAGAAGCUGUAGGGAAAGUUGCAGUUGACGUGAAAGAUGCUAAGGAUAAGACAGUAGCUGCUUUGAAGGAGAAGAAGGGCAAAGUCGCGGAAGAAAUAUCGAAGGACACUCAGAAAGUCACCGAUACUACCAAAGCAGCUGGUGAAAAAGUGGCGGAGGAAACGAAGAAAAUUGGUGAGAAAAUCAGCGCCACUGCUGCUGAUGUAGCGAAGGGUGCUAAGGAUACCAAGGACGCAGCAGUUAAAGAAGUGAAAGACGAUGCGAAAUUGGCGAAAGAGAAAUUAGUCGCAGGCGCUGAGGCUGUCGCAGAAACAGCGGAAGCAGCAAAAGACAAAGCGAGCAAGGAAGCCAAGAAAGCUAAAGAGAAAACCAGUGGGUUCUUCUCUGGGAUAUUUAAAGGCGCGAAACAUACCGUAGAAGACGCAACCGAUGAUGUCAAGGAGUUUUUGGAUGAGACAAAGAAGGAAGCUCAGUUGGAAGAAGAACGUGCCAAGGAAAAGGCCGCUGCUGGACUCAAAGACUUGAAGGAUAAGAAGGAUGCUGUUGUGAGUGGGGUACAAGAAGCAGCAGACAAAGCUGUUGCUGGUGCCAAGGAUGCCAAGGACAAAACAGUUUCCGCUGUUAAAGAUAAGAAAGACAAAAUUGCAGAGGAGGUGUCAAAAGAUGCCCAGAAAGUCACCGACACCACAAAGGCUGCUGGUGAGAAAGUGGCGGAGGAAACGAAGAAGAUUAGUGAAAAAAUCAGCGCUACUGCUGCUGAUGUAGGAAAGGGCGCUAAGGAUACCAAGGACGCAGCAGUUAAAGAGAUAAAAGACGAUGCAAAAUUGGCGAAGGAGAAAUUGUCAGCAGGCGCUGAGGCUGUCGCAGGAACAGCUGAUGGAGCGAAGGAUAAGGCGACGAAGGAAGCCAAGAAAGCUAAAGAGAAGACCAGUGGUUUCUUUUCCGGAAUCUUCAAGGGAACCAAGCAUGCUGUUGAAGAUGCGGUUGAUGAUAUGAAGGAAUUCGUGGACGAGAGUAAGAAGGAAGCUGCUUUGGAAGAAGAGCGUGCUAAAGAAAAGGCCGCUGCGGGUCUUAAGGAUUUAAAGGAUAAGAAAGAUGCUGUCGUUAGCGGAACUCACGAAGCUGCAGAAAAAGUUGCAGCUGAUGUGAAAGACGCCAAGGACAAAACGGUAUCUGCCGUAAAAGAUAAAAAGGACAAAGUUGUGGAGGAAAUUUCGAAGGAUACCCAGAAGAUUGCUGACACUAGUAAAGCGGCUGGUGAAAAAGUGGCGAUCGAGACGAAGAAGAUCGCUGAGAAAGUAGGAUCAGCCGCAGCUGAUGUUGCGCAAGGCGCAAAGGACACCAAGGAUGCAGCAAUGAAGGAGGUGAAGGAAGAUGCGAAAUUGGCAAAAGAGAAAUUGGCAGCAGGCGCUGAGGCUGUCGCGGAAUCCGCAGAGGCUACUAAGGAUAAGGCCAGCAAGGAAGCGAAAAAAGCCAAGGAGAAGACUAGUGGUUUCUUCUCCGGAAUCUUCAAGGGAGCCAAGCAUGCAGUUGAAGAUGCGACUGAUGACAUGAAGGAAUUCCUGGACGAGACUAAGAAGGAAGCUCAAUUGGAGGAACAGCGGGCAAAAGAAAAGGUUGCUACUGGAGUCACGAACUUGAAGGAUAAAAAGGAUGCUGUCGUAAGUGGAGUCCAAGAAGCCGGUGAUAAGGUUGCCGCUGAUGUAAAAGACGCCAAGGAUAAAACAGCUGCUGCUGUCAAAGAUAAAAAAGACAAGAUUGCGGAGGAAGUCUCUAAGGGUGCUGAGAAGGCAGCCGACGUCACGAAAGCAGCUGGCGAGAAGGUAAUCUCGACUGCUGCGGAUGUAGCGCAAGGAGUCAAAGACACUAAGGAAGCAGCUGUUAAAGAGAUCAAAGAGGAUGCGAAACUAGCGAAGGAAAAAUUGACGGCUGGCGCUGAUGUCGUGGCUGAUGCCGCGGAUACUGCCAAAGAUAAGGCGAAGAAAGCCAAAGAGAAAGGUUCUGGCUUCUUUUCCGGCAUCUUCAAGGGCGCGAAACACGCUGCGGAGGACGUAAGUGAAGACAUCAAGGAACAUGCGGUCGACGCAAAGAAGGAAGCAGCUGAAGGAUUAGAGGAUUUGAAGCGUAAAAAAGACACUGUAGUAGACAGUGCCAAGGACAUCGUGGAUAAAGCAGCUGAGGGUGCAAAAGACGCCAAGGACAAGACAGUUUCAGCCGCGAAAGAGACGAAGGAUAAGAUCGUGGACACAGUCGCUAAGGACGCGGAAAAAGUGACGGUCACCUUGAAGGCAGCCGGCGAUGAUGUAACCACGAAAGUAAAGGAAAUCGGUUACAAAGCGGAAACCACAGCGGCUGACGUAGGCCGCGGUGUGAAAGACGCCAAGGAUUCGGUCGUCGCGGAAGCGAAACAAGACGCCAAAGUGGCGAAGGAGAAAUUGGCCGCCGGAGUUGAGUCCGUCGCGGACACAGCGGAAGCUGCCAAGGACAAGACAGCUAAGGAAGCGAAAAAGGCCAAAGAAAAGACUAGUGGUUUUCUCUCAGGGAUAUUCAAAGGAUCCAAGCACUCCGUAGAUAGCACUGCGGAGGACGUGAAGGAAUUCUUGGAAGAGACCAAAAAGGAAGCUGCAUUGGAACAAGCGCGCGUCAAAGAGGCAGCGGAAGCUGAACUGAAGGACCUGGAGCGCAAGAAAGAUAGUGCUGUUGCUGAUGUGAAAGAGGCGAAGGAUCUUACAACUGAAAAGAUAGCCGAGAAAAUCAGCAAAGCUGCUGAUGCAACCAAAGCGACAGGAGAAAAAGCAGUAGCUGAUACCAAACAACUUGCUAGCGAUAUCGCGCAAGGUAUUGCGGAAACUAAGGAUGGCAUAACGAAAGAAUUGAAAGAGGACGCAAAAACAACGAAAGACAAAAUCAAAGCAGGUGGCGAUGCAGUGGUAGACAGCGCUGUAGCUACGAAGGAUAAAGCAACGAAAGAAGCGAAGAAGGCUAAGGAGAAGGGUAGUGGCUUUCUUUCAGGAAUAUUCAAGAGCGCAAAACACUCCGCAGAAGAAGUAUCCGACGAUGUGAAGGAAUUUCUAGAUGAGACUAAGAAAGAAGCUGCAAUGGAGGAAGAACGUGCCAAGAAAAAAGCCACUGCUGGUCUCAAAGAUCUAAAGGAUAAAAAAGAUGCUGUUGUGAGCGGAGUACAGGAGACCGCUGAUAAAGCCGCUAUCGAAAUGAAAGAUGCGAAGGAUAAAACAGUAUCUGCUAUGAAAGACAAAAAGGACAAAAUUGUGGAAGAAAUUUCCAAGGACGCCCAAAAGGUUGCCGAUACUACGAAGGCAACCGGAGAGAAAAUUGCAACAGAAACGAAAAAGGCCGGAGAAAAAAUUGGAUCAGCUGCAGCAGGCGUCGUGCAAGGUGUUAAGGACACUAAGGACGCAGCAGUUAAAGAGGUGAAAGGUGAUACGGAAUUGGCGAAAGAGAAAUUAGCUGCAGGUGCUGAGGCUGUUGCAGAAACAGCGGAGGCAACAAAAGAUAAGGCGAGCAAGGAAGCCAAGAAAGCUAAAGAGAAGACCAGUGGGUUCUUCUCCGGGAUAUUCAAAGGCGCGAAACACACCGUAGAAGACGCAACCGACGAUGUCAAGGAAUUUUUGGAUGAGACAAAAAAGGAAGCUCAACUGGAAGAAGAACGUGCCAAGGAAAAGGCUGCUGCUGGACUCAAAGAUAUGAAGGAUAAGAAGGAUGCUAUUGUGAGUGGAGUACAAGAAGCAGCAGACAAAGCUGUUGCAGGUACCAAGGAUGCUAAGGACAAGACAGUUUCCGCUGUUAAAGACAAGAAAGACAAAAUUGCAGAGGAGGUGUCAAAGGAUGCCCAGAAAGUCGCCGACACCACAAAGGCAGCUAGUGAGAAAAUGGUGGAAGAAACGAAGAAGAUUAGUGAAAAAAUUAGCGCAACUGCCGCUGAUGUAGUGCAGGGCGCUAAGGAUACCAAGGACGCAGCAGUUAAAGAGGUGAAGGACGAUGCAAAAUCGGCGAAGGAGAAAUUGUCAGCAGGCGCUGAGGCUGUUGCAGAAACAGCUGAUGGAGCGAAGGAUAAGGCGACGAAGGAAGCCAAGAAAGCUAAAGAGAAGACCAGUGGUUUCUUUUCCGGAAUCUUCAAAGGAGCCAAGCAUGCUGUUGAAGAUGCGGUUGAUGACAUGAAGGAAUUUGUGGACGAGAGUAAGAAGGAAGCUGCUUUGGAAGAAGAGCGUGCUAAAGAAAAGGCCGCUGCGGGUCUUAAGGAUUUAAAGGAUAAGAAAGAUGCUGUCGUUAGCGGAACUCACGAAGCUGCAGAAAAAGUUGCAGCUGAUGUGAAAGACGCCAAGGACAAAACGGUAUCUGCUGUAAAAGAUAAAAAGGACAAAGUCGUGGAGGAAAUUUCGAAGGAUACCCAGAAGAUUGCUGACACUACUAAAGCGGCUGGUGAAAAAGUGGCGAUCGAGACGAAGAAGAUCGCUGAGAAAGUAGGAUCAGCCGCAGCUGAUGUUGCGCAAGGCGCUAAGGACACCAAGGAUGCAGCAGUGAAGGAGGUGAAGGAAGAUGCGAAAUUGGCAAAAGAGAAAUUGGCAGCUGGCGCUGAGGCUGUCGCGGAGUCCGCAGAGGCUACUAAGGAUAAGGCCAGCAAGGAAGCGAAAAAAGCCAAGGAGAAGACUAGUGGUUUCUUCUCCGGAAUCUUCAAGGGAGCCAAGCAUGCAGUUGAAGAUGCGGCUGAUGACAUGAAGGAAUUCCUGGACGAAACUAAGAAGGAAGCUCAAUUGGAGGAACAGCGGGCAAAAGAAAAGGUUGCCACAGGUGUCAAGGAUUUAAAGGAUAAAAAGGACGCUGCCGUCGCCGGAGUUCAAGAGUCUGUAGAGAAGGCAGCUGCUGAUGUAAAGGAUGCAAAAAGCAAAACAGUUUCCACUAUUAAGGAGAAGAAGGAUAAAGUUGUUGAGGAAGUUUCCGAAGAUGCCCAGAAGGUUGCCGAUAUUACGAAAGCAGCAGGUGAGAAAGUGUCAACGGAGACGAAGAAAGUCAGUGAGAGAAUAGGAGCCGCAGCUGCAGACGUUACUCAGGGAGUCAAGGACGCCAAGGAUACGGCGGUAAAGGAAGUGAAGGAAGACACCAAAUUGGCGAAGGAGAAAUUGGCUGCUAGCUCUGAGGCUGUCGCAGAAACCGCGGAAGAUGUAAAAGAUAAAGCGAAGAAAGCCAAAGAGAAAGGAAGUGGUUUCUUCUCGAGCAUCUUCAAAGGCGCGAAGCACACCGCUGAUGAGAUAGUUGACGACACGAAGGAUCUCGUUGACGACGUGAAGAAGGAAGCGGCUUCCGAAGGUGAACGCGUGAAAAAAAUGGCAGAAUCUGGCUUGGAAGAUUUGAAGGACAAGAAAGACAGUGCAAUCGACAGCAUGAAGGAGGCGAAAGACGACGCUAAAACAGCUGUGAAGGACGCAUCGGAUAAGGUGGCAGAAAAAUUAUCUGAUGGUGUCCAUAAGGCUUCCGAAGGCGUGAAAGACGUGAGUGGCAAGCUGGCGGCCGAUGUGAAGGAAGCCGGCGAGAAGACAAAGUCAGCCGGACGAGAUUUCGUGGAAGAUGCUAAGGAUACUAAGGAUGCGAUUGCAAAGAAGGUGAAGGAGGACGCGCAGGCAGGAAAGGAGAAGUUAACAGCUGGGGCGGAGGUUGUCGCCGACAAGGCGGAAACGGCCAAGGACAAGGUCGCCAAGGAAGCGAAGAAGGCCAAGGACAAGGGUAGCGGUUUCCUUUCGGGCAUGUUCAAAGGUGCAAAGCAGAGUGCCGAGAGUGCGACUGACGAUGUGAACAAAUUCUUAGACGAAAUGCGCAGGGACGCGACGUUGGAGCAAGAACGUGCGAAGGAGGCAGCGGCGGAAGGCUUGAAAAACCUGGAACACAAGAAGGAUACCGUGGUGAGUGGUGUAAAAGAUACAGCUGAUCGAGCUGUUGCUAGCGUAAAGGAUGCCAAGGAUAAGACCGUAGCAGCUGUGAAAGACACAAAGGAUAAGAUCGCAGAGAAAGUGUCGGAGGACAUCGACAAAGCUUCUGAUGCUAUGAAAGCUGCCAAGGCCAAAGUGGCAUCAGAAACGAAAGAGGUUGGUGAAAAGAUCGACUCAACAGCACGCGACGUGGCUCAAGGAGUCGUGGAUGUCAAAGACGCAGCUGUCAAGGAAGUUCAAGACGAUGCAAAGAUGGUGAAAGACAAAGUAGCAGCCGGUGCUGAAGCAGUAGCCGAAGGCGCCCACACUGCUAAGGAUAAAGCUAGCAAGGAAACGAAGAAGGCUAAGGAAAAGGGAUCUGGCUUCUUGUCAGGUAUCUUUAAAGGCGCAAAACAUGCCGUAGAUGAUGCAACCGACGACAUGAAGGAGUUUUUGGAGGAAACGAAGAAAGAAGCUCAGGCAGAAGAACAACGGGCCAAGGAAAGAGCCGCUGCUGGUCUCAAGGACUUGAAGGAUAAAAAGGAUGCGGUUGUUAGUGGAGUCCAAGAGUCGGCAGACAAAGUUAUUACUGACGUGAAAGAUGCAAAGGAUCAAACGGUUUCUGCUGUCAAAGAGAAGAAGGACAAGGUCGUGGAGAGUGUGGCGAAAGACACCCAGAAGGUUGCCGACACCACGAAGGCGGCUAGCGAAAAAGUAGCAGAGGAAACGAGAAAGAUCGGCGAGAAGAUCAGCGUAACUGCCGCGGAUGUAGCGCAGGGAUCCAAAGACACCAAGGAUGCAGCGAUUAAGGAAGUGAAGGAAGAUGCCAAAUUGGCGAAAGAUACGUUGGCAGCCGGAGUCGGUGCCGUGGCCGACAGUGCUGAAGCUGCCAAAGACAAGACAACGAAGGAAGUGAAGAAGGCUAAGGAGAAAGGAGCCGGUUUCCUGUCUGGCAUAUUCAAAGGUACGAAACAUACCGUGGAAGAAGCAGCCGACGAUGUGAAGGAGUUCUUGGAUGAAACGAAGAAAGAAACUCAACUGGAAGAGCAGCACAUCAAAGAAAAGGCAGCAGCUGGUCUCAAGGACUUGAAAGAUAAAAAAGACGCUGCCGUAAGCGGAGCUCAAGAAGCCGCAGAGAUAGUCGCGGCUGACAUGAAGGAUGCUAAGGAUAAGACAGUAGCUGCUGUGAAGGAGAAGAAGGACAAAGUCGCGGAAGAAGUAUCGAAGGACACUCAGAAGGUCACCGAUACUACCAAAGCAGCUGGUGAGAAAGUGACGGAGGAAUCGAAGAAAAUUGGCGAAAAAAUCGGCACUGCUGCGGCGGAAGUUGCGCAAGGUGCUAAGGAUCUCAAAGAUGCAGCGGUGAAAGAAGUUAAAAAAGAUACGAAAGUGGUGAAGGACAAACUGGCAGCUGGGUCCGCAGCAGUAGCUGACGGUGCGGAAGCAGUCAAAGACAAGGCAUCUAAAGAAGCGAAGAAGGCUAAGGAAAAGGGUUCUGGCUUCCUGUCGGGCAUAGUCAAGGGCGCGAAACAUGCCGUCGAGAGCGCCAAAGGCGACGUCAAGGAUUUCCUGGACGAGACAAAGCACGAAGCUGAAUUGGAGGAAGCUAGUGCCAAGGAGGCUGCAGCGGCCAGUCUGAAAGAGCUGGAGCAUAAAAAGGACGCUGUUAUCAGUGGCGUUAAGGACGCAGCCGAUCGAACUGUCGCUGGAGUGAAGGAUGCCAAAGAGAAGACUGUAACAGCUGCAAAGGACACGAAAGAUAAAGUCACCGAGAAGGUGUCCGAGGAUUUGGACAAGGCCGCUGGAGCGGCCAAGGCAGCUAAGGACAAGAUGACUUCAGGUGCCAAGACAGUCGGUGAGAAGCUAGAGUCCACGGCACACGACAUCGCACAGGGUACCGCUGACGCUAAGGACGCAGCAGUCAAGGAGAUUCAGGACGACGCGAAGAUAGUAAAAAGCAAGAUGGCGGCUGGUGUCGAAGCCGUAGCCGACGGUGCGGACGCAGCCAAGGAUAAAGCGACUAAGGAAGCAAAGAAGGCUAAAGAAAAAGGCUCUGGCUUCUUGUCAGGCAUAGUCAAGGGCGCGAAACACGCUGUCGAGAGUGCCAAAGACGACGUCAAGGAGUUCCUGGACGAAACGAAACAUGAAGCUGAAUUGGAGGAAGCUCGUGCCAAGGAGGCAGCGGCAGCCGGAUUGAAGGAACUGAAGGACAAGAAGGAUAGCGUGGUCGCCGAUACGAAAGAGAUGAAAAACAAGAUGGCCAAAGAAGCGGGAAAAGCCGCGGACGCGACGAAGGCCACGGUGCAGAAACUGGCAAGCGAAACCCAGAAAGCUGGUGAAAAAGUAGAAAUCAAAGCGACAGAGGUCGCGCAUGAUAUCAAGGACGCCAAGGAGAGUCUGGGCAAGAAGUUCGAGGAAGACACGAAGGCAGUGAAGGACAAGUUAGCGACGAGCGCUGAAGCCGUUGCGGACGGUGCCAAAGCGGCCAAGGACCAGCUGGCGAAAGACGCCAAGAAGACGAAGGAUAAGAGCUCGGAUUUCCUAACUGGGGUAGUCCAAGGUGCGCAGCAGGCGAAACAAGACCUUACCGGCGACUUGAAGGAUUUCUUGGAGAUGACGAGACAAGAAGCAGCCAUUGAUGAGGCUCUCGCUAGAGAGGCCGCGACGGCGAGACUGCAGGAGCUCGGGCAAACGAAGGACGCCAAGGAGAAGACCGGUAAAGUAGUCGAAGAGAUUACGCACGUCACAAAGAUAGCGGUCGAGAAAGCCAAGUCCAGCGGUGAAGACGCGGCGCAGAAGGCUAAACGCGCCAAGGACGCUGUCGUAAGCGAAGUGAAGGACGACGCGAAAGUCGUCAAGGAGAAAUUAAUAGCCGUCGCCGACGGUGCGGAGGCCGCCAAGGACAAGAGCGUGAAGGAGACGAAGAAGGCGAAACAAAAGGCCGGAGGCUUCCUAUCGGGCGUAGUGAAGAGCGCCAAACACGCAGUAGAGGGCGCCACUGACGACAUGCGAGACUUCUUGCAGGAGACGAAGCAGGAAGCGAUCGCGGAAGAGGCUCGCGCGAAAGAAAGAGUCGCGGCGAAGCCGGCUAAGAGCGACGCGAAGGACAAGUCCAACGGCGCUGUGAAAGACGCCAAGAGGAAGGUCUCCCCGAGAGUCCCCAAGCUCGAGAGCGCGAGAUCCUUGUCGACGUCGUCGUCGUCGUCGUCGUCGUCAACGCUGACAGACGCGCGCGUAGGUGGUCACCGCGAGGUCGCGUCGGCGUCCGAGCGCGUUCAGGAUAUAGUCGGCCGCGACUCCGAGGCCGCCAGGCUGGAGAAGUCGGCCCCCGCCGACGUCGAGCAUUUAUCCGAAUCAGUUAGGGUUAAGAGAGUCUCUCGCAUUCCACAAAAGAUUAGUCCGGCUAAGGAUAUCGGGACCGGGGCCGGCGGUCACACGUUGGCCACCGCGUCGGACGAUUCAGGGUCGGGUUCGGGUUCGGCUUCGGGUUCGAGUAGGUUAGAGGCAGUAUCUAUGGUAGGGCACCCCGAGCCUCACACACGGCACACCGUCACCACAGUCGUGACAAAGUCUGUGCGAACGACCCCACCACCACCCGGUCUCGCCGAGUUCAGUGACAGUAGAACCGAAGACGUGACCGAAGAGGCUGCGAGGCGGGCGCAGAAUCUGGCGGGACAGGCGUACGUGUCGAGCAAAGCAGGGCAUGAUUCGGCUGAGAUUGAUGGGACUGUAGAGAGGCAUGCUACUUCUGCUCCAUCAAAGCAACCUGUUCCCGCCCCGCGUCACUCCACCAAGCCGUCUACCAAAGCCGAGCUCCGUCUGGAGCUCGGUGACGUCUCACGAUUACCAUCACACGGCUCCACCGGCAAAGGUAAAGCGCUCGAGCAGCCCGCCAGCAAGCCGACGCAAGAGGGCCACUCGCCGAGCAAGAGCAGCCCAAAGAGCAAGAUACCCGUGAAAGCGAGGAGGCAGUCCUCGGACAGCGAGGAGCCCCCGCUGGUAAUCGACAAGGUAGCCGAAAGACCCAACGUCGUCGAGUCCCCGAAGAAGGAGCGCGCCGCUCCGAGAACAAUCUCCCGGACCGUCCGUUGCGUCACCAAGGAGUACACUGACGGGGAACUGACGAAAGAGACAGUAGAGGAGAGAGUGUCGCCGGGAGACGUGAUCCAGAUGGUCGGGACAGAGCAUCUGACCGAGAUCAUGACCGGCGGGCUGGGAAUAGCUUCUUCCACGGGCGACAAUGCGAUCGAACAGCUACGAAGAACAACGACUACCACCGUGGCGACCAGCAACGAUCAGUCGGUCGAUCCCGAGAAGCUGGAGGAGCUGCUUAAGACGGGCGGAGUCGUGGAGACGGUGAGGACCGUGACUCUCACCGCGGAGGGCAGCGCUUUGGAACCGAUGACGCGCGAGGAGGUCGUGAAGAGGAUAAAUCAGGUAGCCAGCACCUUGCCGAACGAGAUCUUUGACUUCGGCGACAAGUUUCCGGACUCUACCAACAGCACCACCACCACGAUUAAGACCGGCAAGUCCACGGACUCGGAGGGUUCCGUGCAAACGGUCACGACCGUGCAGCGCGUUACGAUGGAGAUGCCGGAGGUCGAGAGAACCGAGAAGGUGGUGAGAACGGUCAUUACCUCCGGCGGCGGCGGCGGCGGCUACGAGGACAUUCUAAAGAGGAGCCUCGAAGAGCGGCUCGCGAAACCCGAGAUUGGGGACACCGCCUCGUGGGCGGCGGCGGCGGCUGCGACGACGGCUGCUGCCGCCGGCCGUCCGCUGGUCAAGGACGAGAAGUCCGAGGAGAUGGCCUGGGAUGUGUCGAUGUCCAAGCGACAAGAGGAACGGCCAGAUCAGUGGGAGAGCUCGCGCUUCUCCCAAGACACCUCGCCUGGCUCCGGCAACGGCGACGUUUACGCCACUGCCAACAACAACGACGGCGGCAACAACAACAAGAACGGUAGUGCGAGACACGAAGUGCACAGCGACACCGAUAGUGACGGGUCGCCGCAACCUAGAAGACGAUCCCCGAGCAAGAGGCGUACAUUGGGCAGUUCCAGCGGGUCGGAUGUAGCACUGCACGAAGGUGCGGAGCUGUCCCCGUUGGAGGACGACCAAGAAUCUGACUUUUUGCAACAUAGCGAGCCAUCCUUCAUGGAAACGACAACGAUCGAGGUGGAUCCUGUCACGCAGGAAAGUAUAACGACGACCACACGAACGGAGACGAGAACAAUAUCGUCCGCGGCAGCCGGCGGCACGGACGAGCUGCGAGAAUCUAUGCAGAAAAUCAUGGACACGUUCAUGACGGAGGAGAAGAAGGACCACUAAGGGCGGGGAACGACCAGCUACUUUUCAAGGAGGAAUCGCGAAAGGAGAGAAACAGGAAGAGGGAAUGAGAGAAAGAGACAGACAGACGCAGGAGGAAGAGGGAUCGCCGAGUGGUUUCGGCGACGCCGCAGGAUUAUUCCGCAACGUCGGUCGAAGACCGUCAUCGCUUCAGGACGACCCUCGUGAGGUUCGACGCGUCCUCGAGUGUCGAACGACAACGAGUUCUCAAUUUCCACAUACCUGUAGGGAGCUGCGGAGGCGCGAGGACUCGACUCGAUGUCCAGUAUCUCCUGAAUCACGCGAGUACGCGAUUCUUCGAGGACGGACCACGUCCCCGUCUCCGAGGCUACACCAAGCAUGCACAAUGAUUUUUAACUACCACGCUCUCAUGGCCUAUGCUUCGGAUUUGCUUGCCUUUCCGUUCCGCUCAGUUGCCUUAUACUCUUUGCGUUCUUCAAUCUCGCGCGGUCAAUGAUGGACGAUGAUGAUGGGGAGGAUGAGGAGGAGGAGGAGGGGAUAAUGAUGACGCUGAUAGUGAUGAUAAUGAUGUUGUGUAUUGUCGUUGCUAGUCCGACUAGCCAAUCUGCUAGUCCUCACUAUGCCAACCCGUCCAUGUACAACGCCUUUCUCGUGUUGUUUGAAGCUAAAUGCAAAUUGGAAGAGAGGAGAAAGGAUAAGGAGAGGAAGAGGGAGAGAGAGAGAGAGAGAGAGAGAAAGAGAGAGAGAGAGGGGAAACGAGGAAGAAAAAACAGGCGAACGUGGAAAGACGAGACGAUAAAGGCAAUGAGAA